AUUUCGAAAAAUGUAUCUCAAUCUCAAAAUUUCACAAUAGUAAAAAACUAUUAAGUAUCUGUUAUUAUAAUGAAUAUCAUCACACAACUUUGAAAUGACGCUGACUAACUACACCCUCGAGCUCUUCAUCGGCUUGCUGGCGUUCCUUCUGCCGCUGACGCUGCUGUGGCCGGGUUUCUCCAUCUGGGAGGUGGUGCCGAAGGUGCGGGUGACGCGGCACCCGGUGCUGAGCCAGCAGCUGAGCUGGUCGCAGCUGUGCGGCGCCAUCGUCGUGGCCGUCACGCUGCUGUUCUGUCUGUUCUUGGAGAUGAGGAAGCGGAGGUUAGACGACAUGGUGACAGACGUGCUGGCCAUCCACGAGGCGACAGAGUGCGCGCUGUCGGUGGAGCGGGACCGGCAGGCGGCGGCCGCGCGCGCCUGCUCCCAGCUCCUGGACCUGUCCACGGAGCACUACGAGAACCUCAUGCUGCUGGGCCAUGAACUGAGGGAGAGGACCCGCGCCAAGCAGCACCCGCCGGCUAUUGAGCCGAGUGACUCGCUGAUUGAGGCCGGCGGCAAGUGAAUGUUUGUUUUUGUUGAGCUGUUUGAAGGUCUGGUUUUGAUUAAACUGUUUUUUGUAUUAA